AUGAAUGAAGCCGUAGAUUUUAUUAAUGAGUUCGCUAGCUUUGUUACUCUUGUUGUUUUACGAAUUUUGCAAAAAACAAACACUCGCGUUGUAAAUUACGCAAUCAAUGCAAAUAAAUCGUUAAAAUUAGUGGAAAGUGUACGACUCAUUGAUAAAAAUACAAUGACUUCUAUUCGUCCAGCUAACACAGCUAGCUCAAAACGGAGAAAUGCUGCAGACGAGCUUGAAGAGAAUAGUAAAGAUGCUGCCAUCUUAAGCGAUUCUAAAAAGCAAAAACUCGAAAUGACCAUGGAAAAGUAUGACAAGUUCUUGAAAGAAAAGAAGGAUGGCAGAUUCAAACGAACUGGAACAUGGGGUGGAUUGCACAAAAGGAUAGCACAUGAAUGUUGCGAUCUUGAAUGUGCACGGAAAUGGGCGCCUUCACCUGAACAGUGUUUGACUGAUGACUAUUACUGUCCUUCGUGUGUACUUCAUCAUCGAAACAAUAUGAACAGAUUCUCAGAUGAAAGACUUAAAUGGACAGCUAAUGUUCCAAAUACGUUCUAUUUAUUUUCUCUUAUUGAUCCAGGAACGGGAAACAAUGAUGGUGUUGAGAAAUCUUUAAUUAAAUUUGGUCGUACACAGCAUGAAAAUGCAUUAAAAAGAAAACUAAUAACAACGACCAAAAUCGAAAAUUGGUGGAAGGAGCAAGCAGAAGAAAAAAAGUGGUUCGUGAGAUUUAGUAAAAGUGAUUUUCAUGGACAAACAGAAUGUGUUCAAAUCGAUGAUCGUGAAUUGGCACAGAUGAUUGCUAAAUCCAAAGAAAUUGCACUUGCUGAAGAAGAUAUACAGCAAUCGUAG